GCGCAGGGCCGCAGCCGCCAUGGCCGCGCUGCACGCCAAGGCCGGCGGACCUCCGCAGAUCCCCGAUACCCGGCGGGAGCUGGCCGAGCUGGUGAAGCGCAAACAGGAGCUGGCGGAGACGCUGGCCAACCUGGAGCGGCAGAUCUACGCGUUCGAAGGCAGCUACCUGGAGGACACGCAGAUGUACGGCAACAUCAUCCGCGGAUGGGACCGUUACCUCACCAACCAGAAGUACGGACCAACCUCCCCUUCCCUUCCCCAACCUUCGUCUUUCCAGGCUGUCAGUGCGUUAGCUGGAGUUCAGGAUCAGCUCAUUGAGAAGCGUGAACCGGGCAGCGGGACGGAAAGCGACACCUCUCCAGACUUCCACAACCAGGAGAACGAACCCAGCCAGGAGGAUGCUGAGGAGCUGGAUGGAUCUGUGCAGGGGGUGAAACCCCAAAAAGCCGCUUCCUCCACUUCUGGGAGCCACCACAGCAGCCACAAAAAACGGAAGAACAAAAAUCGGCACAGGACUACUAGACACAUCAGUGCUGAAGAUUCUGGGAUCCGGUCCUACAUGAAUCCCCACCAAGAAUAACUCCAGUCAUCUGAACGAGCACAGUGGCAGCUCUCUGGCCACGUGUGUGCAGAAGGGAGCCAUCCACUCUAACCAACUCAAGGGGGAGAAAGCCUUGGACAUGUCUUUGCAUCAUUUUUAGACACCCUGACUGACAGGAGAUGAAGGUGUAGUAGUAGAAGUCCUCAAUUCCUGGCUAUUCUGUGCUUCCAGCUCAGUCAGGAGCUUCCUUCAAUUGGCUGAUCUUACUGCUGCCUCUGUAAAACCGUGGGGAGGCAUUUCCUUUCCUGCUGGAAUAGGGCUGUGAUUCACUGUGUCCCAUCCACACUGUAAGACUUAGGUUCCUUUUGUUACUGAGACGUAGCUUUGUGGUUUUGUUUGUUUCUUUGUUGUUUUGUUUUGUUUUUUUUAAACCAAAGUGCAUCGUUAAUAAAUGGGCUUUUGGUUUGUUUUAAUGCCUGUAGAGAGGAAGGUUCUUCGUUCUGUGGAACAGCUCAGUUUGGUUUGUAGGUAAGCAGAGAACAAAGUGGCCAUCCAGUUUCUCUGACUUUUCUUUUGAAUGCCAUCCCCUGAAGUUGGCACAGUGCUUUUAGACGCAGAGGAGGCUGGAGCUCAGAGCCACCUUGCUCUCUGCUAUCUUUGACAUUGGGUAGAUUCUCUUUUUAAUACAAACUUCCCUCAUUUGUACAUAAACAAUAAAAGUCACAUUCGUCUCUCA